AGCUGCAAAUUGGUUGGGAACAACCAAGCUAGGUUGGCAAGGGUGGCCAACUUGGAUGGAUUGGUUGGGAAGGGACAAAGGUCAAAGUUGAGGUUCCUAUAGGGAGGGAAUCUUUGUGCUUAUGGGGUUUCCUUGGUUGGGGACUCUCUUGGGACCUUCCCUCUCAUCCUUCUCUUCCUAUCCCAACCUUUCUCUUGCUCCUUCUAAUUCCUUGUGAGAUUCUUGAACUUUGAUUGAACCUUUUGAGAUUGAGUUAAGUUCUCCUCCUACAGCUUACCCCCUAGUGCGUCGAAAGCCAUAGCGUCGCGAAUACUUCAUUAAUCAACGUGAUUCAAAUUGGGAACGGUAGCUGAGAUUAAGAGCUACAACAUAUCCAAGUUUCGCGACAUUCCAACGGCUAGUUUUUUGUCGACGUCGUUUCUUGUGAAGACGACUUUUCUGUCCAGAAUUUCGGAUUUAUAUUUUGAGUAAUUCUAGCUCCUAAGUUCACCUAGACUCCGUCCUUAAUUCUAACAAGUGGUAUCAGAGCGAUAUUGAGGACAUUAAGAGGAGUCUACAGAAGUUUGAAGACCCUUCUAGACCCACCAUGGCCUGUGGGUGUGCCUAAGUGGUGUUCUAAAGGUUGGAUGUGUCUUCCGCUAAGGGGAAACUCUGCCGAAAUUUCGUGGACGCCGACACUUGUGAAAAUAUCGAGGGAGCUGAGUGUGGACAGCAAAGGGGAGCUGAAAUUCGUCAUUUCUCAAGGAGAAGAUGAAUGAGAGAGGAGGAGAUGCUAAUGGAAGAGGAGCUGUAGCUGAGAAGACAAGUGAGCCGCCGCCAUCAAAAGUUGAAGCUUUGGAUGGCUCCAACUAUGAGGAAUGGAGCGGGCGGAUGAGGAGUGCCUUCAAACGCUACAAGCUACUGAAGAUUGCUGUUGGGGAAGAGAAGAUGCCGGAAGAAGGCGAAGCACGCGAACGGUGGAUUGAGAAAAGCGCGGUGCUUUUCGACCUCAUCCUUCAAUCGGUCAACAAGGAGAUGUUCGAGCACAUCAAGGAUCUUGUGGAAGCGGAUGAUUCGGGUCCAAGGGCGUGGAAACUACUACGUGAUGUGAUUCAGCCCAACACUCUCCCAAUGGUGAUCGUGCUCGAGAAGGAACUUGCUGCCAUCUCCAUGCGACCAGGGGACAAUGUGAAGCCGGUCCUUGACAAGAUCAAGGACACCUAUGCAAGGAUGGCAGCAGCGGGCAGCAGUGUAUCUCAGCUGCAGCAGUGCACCAAGAUCAUCUCGGUGUUGGACAACUCUUGGGACAACCUCAUCCCCACCCUCAACUCUCAGCAAGAUCAAUGGACACCUGAGUGGCUAAGGCAGCAGAUUCUGCAGGAGGACUUCCGCAGACGCCAUGUGGGAGGCGGUGCUGCCACGAAGACUGCUGAGGGGUAUGGAGCUGCAGGGCGCGGCAAAGGAAGAGGGGGUUGGAGAGGCCGAGGCCGUGGGAGGAGCUUUGGCAGAGGUAGAGGCCGAGGUGACUAUAAUGAGGGGUAUGGAAGCUCCAGUGGCAGGGGGAGUACCAGAAUGGAGGGCACCUGCUGGUACUGCAAGAAGAUAGGGCAUCCUUGGUUCAAGUGCUUCAGCCGGCCGGAGGGAUGGUCACCUCCAGGCAUGAAGCCGCCAAGUGGUGAACGCGCACAAGGUGGCGCUGUGCAAGGCUCAGGUGCACAAGGUGAAGGUGCACAAGGUAACGCCUAUCCUGGGAUGUAUCUCAUGGUUGAGGAUGUGCAUGGGCAUGAGGGUGAUGUGGGAUCUGUCGGAAAGGUUGUGAUGCACCCUCUCACGCACUGGGUGAUUGAUUCAGGUUGCACCAGUCACAUGACCCCACGGGCAGAUUUGCUUGAUGAGGUAAAACCCCCUGGGAAGAUCAAGUAUGUGGCAGCAGCGUCAGGUGCUUUGCUCCCUGUCAUUGGUGUUGGAAAUGCCAAGGUUAAGGGAGCUAAUGGGGAGCUUGUGGGGCUUGGGAAUGUUCUGCUGGUUGAAGGCUUGUCUGCUAACCUUCUCUCUGUGCGGCGACUGCAGAAGAGUAAGGCCGAAGUGACCUUUGGACCCACCAGCUGCCGUGCUAAGCUUGGGAAGAAGGUGCUGUGGAGUCUGGAAGAGGAGACCAGCUGCAUCAAGGACCUGUGGCAGCUGCCCAUCAUCCCUUGGAAUGGGAAGACUCCAACAGCAGCAACGGCAGCAGCGGCAAAGGCAACAGCAGGAGGAGAUGCAACUGCACCAACUGAUGGGGUCCUGGAAGCAGUCAAGAAAGUGCAGCAGCAGCAGACACAUGGUGAGGUGCUUGCUGGUGUGGAUGCGAGUGCGGCAUGGGCUAAGGCUUCAUCAAGGAGUGGAGAGGCCGAUUGGGAGACAUGGCAUGAGAGGUUGUGUCAUGUGAACUUCCCUAUGCUGCAGAAGUUGGUGAAGAAUGGGAGCCUGAAGGGCUUGGAGGUGAAAGGGGGAGUGAAGGAGAUUGGGAGCUGCCCUACAUGCUUGGAGACCAAGUUCUCCAAGUUCCCCUUCAACAGCACUACAGGACCAGCCAAGACCCCACUUGCACUUGUGCACAUGGAUGUGGUGGGGCCCACAAGAGCCCCUUCCCUCUCAGGCAACCGCUAUUUCUUGACAAUUGUGGAUGACCACACUCGGGCAGUGUGGGUUUACCCUUUGAACAGCAAGGGGGAGGUGGCAGCGGCUGUCCUUAAGGAGUGGAUGCCUAGAGCUUAGAGGGAAUGCGGAUACAAGGUGAAGGUGAUCCGCAGUGACAAUGGUGGGGAGUUCAUUGGAGCUGAUUUU